GAGGACCGCAGAAUGAGCCCGCUGGUUUCAGGAAGUGUAGAAGUUGGUCAGACGAACCUGCUGCAGAGUGUCUGAGAAAAACAUCGGAAUACAAGGUUGAAAAUUUGGAGUUUAGUGCAUUUAACUGGUUUGACAAGAAAUAACCCUCGAUUUAUCGACCUGUCACUGCGGUAAAUUGCGUUUAGUGUCAGGUAUCGUUACGUCGGACAGGUGAGUUUUGUCAUUUCGGUCACUUUUAUGAAUAACUGAGAGAAAAUAAAGUUCAUGUCUCACAAAAAAUUGAAAACAACAUGUGAUUUUCCUGCUGUGAAUAAGAUGCAUGUGAUCGGGCUUUAAGUAUUUAUGUGAAUAAUCACCAGCAGUCAUUUAAUGCAUGUUUUUUCAUCUUAAACCUUCAACAAAAGACGUGUUUAUAUUUUUGUAAUGUUCCUUUAACACCAUAUAUUGAGAAAAAAACGAAGAAAAAGGUUGUCCCCAAGAGAUACAGUAGUUUGUUACUGUGGGAGUGAAUAAAAACUGUCAUUUUCUGUCUCUCUGACCAGAUUUCCCCACAAACAGUGAACAUUAAAACUAAUCUGUGAGCUACUUUUGGAAACUUUAACAGUGUAGUAGUCGACUCUUGUCAGUUUUUCAGUGGCCAGUGUCAAUAAUGAGAUAGCAGGUUGACUAAUAUAUAAUGCUGAUAUCACUUUUUUAAAUGUACUUCAAUGACAAAUGGCUGCAACCCUGCUUUUAAACAGGAAUUUAUUAGACAUUACCAUUUCUUUUCUUUUUUUUUUUCAUCUUGUUCAGCACAUGACCAGUUUGAUCAUUUCUCCAGGCUCAUUCAAGCAUAUCGUUCAUUACCUGUCUUCAAAGGUUUGCUAUUUACUUGAGGCAAUGAAGUAUUUUACUUGGCUACAGGCACCUCUGAUUUCCACUAACCUUCAAUUAGCAUAAGACACUUGAAAGCUCUCUCCAAACGCACAAAAAUGUCUGAUUGGUUUGGCAAACAGGCUUAACAAUCCAUUUAGGAAGUGUAGGGCUGAGCGAUAAAACGAUAACAUCGUCAUUGUUUUCUUCCACAAGCUCCUCCUGUUGGGAUUCCCAGGCGCUCCCACGCCAGGCGAGAGAUAUACUCCCUACACCUGGUCCUGGGCCGUCCACGAGGUCUCCUCCCAGUGGGACAUGUGCUAAAUACCUCUAACGGGAGGCGUCCAGAAGGCAUUCUAACCAGAUGACUGAGCCACCUCAGCUGACUCCUCUUGAUGUGGAGGAGCAGCGGUUCUACUCUGAGCACCUUCCGAGUGUCCAAACUCCUUACCCUAUCUCUAAGGCUGAGCCCGGCCACCCUGCAAAGGAAACCCAUUUCAGCCGCUUGUAUCCACGAUCUUGUUCUUUUGGUCAUUACCCAAAGUUCAUGACCAUAGGUGAGGAUUGGCACGUAGAUCGACCGGUAAAUCGAGAGUCUCGCCUCACGGCUCAGCUUUCUUCACCACGACAGAUCGGUUAAGUGCCUGCAUCACUGCUGACGCUGCUCCGAUCCACUUCUCGAUCUCCCGCUCCAUCCUACCCUCACUCGUGAACAAGAUCCUGAGAUACUUAUCGAAAAUUAAUUUCCCUCAAUAUCAAUAUAAAACAUGGUCAAUAACCUUUUCGGUAGUCGGCAUUCUGCCAUGUUUUGGUAGACCAUGCGAAUAGCCAGUGAAAAGGGGAGUUGCUCUGGGUCCGCUUCGCAUUGAACCAAUCAUGUGCUGAAUUAGAACCAAGUAGCAAACAACGGUCGUAGCAGGCUGCAGCUACACGCAACCAUAGCUCUUAAACACGUGAAGCUGACAGCACUGUCCGUUAGAAAAAAGAAAAUGAGUGCUGCCCCCGACAGAAAUGCAGUUGAAGGCUCAACAGAUGACGACAUCGUCGACAACACUGUUACGAAAACCCUGGUGGUGUGGCGGUAUUUCGUUUUUUUUUAGGUAGGACAUGAAGCAGAGUAAUGUGCACUGCAAAUUAUGUCGAGUACAUGUUCCCGCAAAGUUGGGGAAUACCUCAAAUCUUUUCACCACCUGAAGCAGUUCCACGAAGCAGAGCACGCGCAAUGCAAAAGGUUACGUAGCAAGGAGCCCAUGGCGCCCUAAGUAAGAGUAAUUAUGAUUGAGGUUUUCCUCCUGUUUGAUGAUGUCCUCCCUCUGAUCAGGUGAUGGCUGAACCCAGAAUAUCUUCCAUUGAUGGGAAGUUAGCAGAGGAGUUUGCGGUUCCCUCCCAUGUUGAGGAGGUCAAAGAGAAGAUGACUGUUUUCGCCGCACACCACGCUGCUGCAGGUCGCAGGGUCGUCCUCAUCACAUCAGGGGGCACCAAAGUCCCCCUGGAGUCCCGUACUGUCCGCUUCCUGGAUAACUUCAGCAGCGGCAGACGAGGGGCCUGCUCUGCAGAGUAUUUCAUAGACUCGGGCUACGCCGUCAUCUUCCUUCACAGGCAUCGCUCGCUCUACCCUUACACACGCAUGUUCUCAACCAUGAAUAUGCUGGAUGCCCUUACAUUUAGAGGAGCAGAGGGAGCUUCCAGUGAAUCGGCCGAGGUGGUGGUUAACCAGGAGGUGCUUCCCAGCAUUGCCAGAGUGCUGAAAAGAUACCAAGAAGUGAAAGAGGGCAGACUUCUUUUGCCCAUUGAGUUCAGCACUCUGUCUGAGUAUCUGCAUCUUCUCAAAGCAGCAGCACAGGCUCUCAGCACAAUAGGUAAGAACUGACACAAAUGUUUCGACUGUGAUAUUGAGAUUAUUGAUCUAAUCCACCCUACAUACCAACACAACAUGUUUUUGAAUGUUUAUUCUUCAUAUAGGAUCCAAAGCCAUGUUUUAUUUGGCUGCAGCUGUUUCUGACUUUUAUAUCCCUGCCUCUGAGAUGCCUGAACACAAAAUCCAGUCUUCCAAUGGACCUCUUCAAGUGAGUAAAACACUGAAAAAUGCUAUUUUAUAUGAGAAAUCUGAAAUUUUAAGCCUUAUUGAGGGCAUUAAAGGGCGAUUCCAGCGUAAAAUUAAUUCAGGGUCAAACACACCGUAACACCAAAUUAGACACCCCCUCAAGAGAUGAAUGUUGCUGACUGCUUGCUUCUUUCGUUAUGCCAACUUUAGUAAUGACCGCACAAUAGCAAAACACAGCGGUCUACAUCUCCAUGCACAAACCUCAACCAAAAUGCCACUCUAUAGCCACAAAUAAUGCUCAGAACAGCACCUAACUUCAUCAACAGUACAUACAGGGUCCCACCCACAGCACUAGCCACCAAACAUCUUUUUAGUUUUGCCUGAUUUCUUUAGCAAAGAGACUAAACAUAACUCACCUACUCUCUUCCAGCAGCCGCUUGUUUGUAGCGAGACCUCAGGGCAAGUCUAUCGAAUGCAGCAGGGGGGACGCAGCUCAAGGAAGAUCAUUUAUGAUUAUUACUUCAUGGAAAUACAAUCAGACUGAGACGCUAAGGCAGAAGAACUACCACGUCUGCAGUGCAAAAUGAUUAAUAUGAUGAUUAUUACUUCAAGGAAAUGAUAAAGUAAUGAUCAAUAAUGUUCUUUCUUGAGCUGUGUCACCCCACUGCAGGCGAUGGACUCGCCUGAGGUCCCAAUUUCAUCAGCAUGUUAGCAUUAUCCUCAAAGAGCUGUUGACACUGCUGUAGACACUAAUUCUUGUUAGACUGAUGAAUAGCUGUACUUUCUUGUUCCCCUUUAGCUCAGCCUGAACAUGGUCCCAAAAAUCCUCUCCCCUCUGGUAAAAGACUGGGCACCCCAGGCUUUCGUCAUAUCUUUCAAGCUGGAGACUGACGCCACCAUCCUGUUGGACAAGGCUCGACGGGCUCUGGACACGUACAGGCACCAGGCAGUGGUGGCUAACAUACUGGACUCUAGACGGGGUUACGUGGUGGUGGUGACCCCAGAGACUCAGGUGGAACUGAUCCUUUCAGAGCAGGAUGUAAAGAAUGAGGUAGACAUAGAGGAGAGGAUAGUGAGUAACCUGACUGUGGCUCAUAACAAGUUUAUGAAUCAACAAAACUGACUGUGAUCAUCCCGCCUGCAUGUCUUAGUCAGUCACUCAGCUUUAGGUGUCAUCAGUGCUCGAAAAUGAUCCUGAAUCCUGAUUUUUGCUUAAGUCAUUCUUUCCUUUUCUGCUGAGAUGUAACUUUAUUUUUCAGUAUGUUGUCAAAUUGAACAACUACAUUCAUAACUGUAAUUAUUAACACAUAAUGCCUUCCCCUGUUCUUUACCCGUGCUCUAAAAGUGAGCCCUUGAGCUAAUUAAAAGCUGUCUCUGCUUCAGCUUGUUUGAGGGUUGUAUGAUGUUUAUUCAAAUGAUCAGAAAGAAAAUCCUUUUACAACAGUUGAAUAGUAAGAUGAUUUAACACUAGGGUUACCCAUAAUAAACACAUAUGUGGCUAAUCUUGGUAGAAU